AUGGCAUUUUGGGCCAUCAAGAAGCUCACCUUUAAUAUGGAAGCCUCAGGGGAAGCAAGAAAGUUGCAAUUGCUAGAGCUAGAUGAAUGGAGAUUACAAGCAUACGAAAAUGCCAAGAUCUACAAAGAAAGCAUGAAGCGUUGGCAUGACCAUAGCAUUAGUAAGAAAGCUUUUGAAGUUGGCCAAAAAGUCUUGUUAUUCAACUCACGUCUAUGUUUGUUUCCAAGUAAACUAAAAUCAUGUUGGUCGGGACUUUUUAUUAUUAAGGAGAUCUACCCUCAUCGAAUGGUAGAGCUGACACAUGAAGAUGGGGCAAACACAUUCACAGUUAAUGGGCAAAGGAUCAAGACGGAUUUUGAAGGUAAUUUUGAUCGUGAAAAAAUCUCCAUCAAUCAGGGAAACCCUGAAUAA